AUGGAACAAAGAGAUUGCGAUGUUGGCAAAGAAAUCGCUGCACAAAAUAGUGCUUCCCAAACAUGCACAAAAGGCGAUAUCAAAGGGUUAGGUGAAAUUCAGAAAGGAACAUACUUCAGAAAGACAAACACAGCUGAUACAGUUUUAAACAGAUAUAUAAGUGUUGCCAAAAACAAGGAAAAGGUAAACAAAGAACGUGGACUUGCGAAGGGGGGAAGCAAAGGAGAAAAACACAAACAACGUAAGGACAACACAGAGGACAAUGGAAUUAUGAAACCUUCCGACUUAUACAAAAUCAGUCGGUCUGAUUCUUCAAAACAGCCUGCUAAAAGACAGAACAGAAAACGUUGUCACAGGAAAUCAAAAUGCUUUCAAGAAAUGGUGAGGUGUUCAGUACUGAAAACCCUUGCAAUGAUGCACAUUGAAAUACAGAUAUUGCAGAAUAGGAGACAUAAACUUCAGGCGAAUGUGUUGAAAGAGUCCGCGAAGAUGGACCAACACAGUGAAAAUCUCGAAGACGGCCCCGGGGAAAGUAUGUCAAAGGUCGAAGAGUUGUGUAACAUUCAAGAAGAAUAGAGGAAAAUGCCUACCAAACCACCAGUUCGUCUGUUUAUUGUAAUGUUUGGUGAAUACUAGUAUACACGUGAUUUAUCUUUUAAAUUGUUCUU